UGCUCGUAGCAGGUACCUCGAGAGAGGUGUGUAGUGUAGCGUUGGACGGCCGACAGGGCCCUCGAGCGCGAUCGUCUUGCUUGCUUUUUCGUGAAUUUUGGUGCAACCCACCACCGACCCCGAAAUUCCCCCUUGGAUUACUGUGAUCACCAUUCAAAGAAGCAAGAUGUGGCUUCGCGGUUUAGCCGCGUUAGCAAUAUUGCUGUUCAUACAGCAGACAGCUGAAUCUCAGGAAACAUCUAGUUUAUUCACAUGUCCCAAUGGAUGGGAGAUGAGAGGACUGCAUUGUUACAAAUUUUUCAGUAUAAGACAUUCGUGGCAAAAAGCUGUUGAGAUUUGCAGAAGAUAUGGCAGUCAUUUGGUGCUUGUUGAGUCUUAUGAUGAGAACAAUGCGACGGCAAGUUUGGCCGCGAGGAGUCUCGGUUCACCAUCCGGAAGCUCAACCCCCAAAUACUGGCUGGGGCUAACUUCCCUCGAUGAUCUCAGGACCAACACUCUGGAAGCGGCCGCAGGCCUCCUCGUUUCUCAGUACUCGGGAUUCUGGGAGCAGCAGCAGCCUGAUCCCAAGUCUGGAGUUUGUGUUGACGUGGCCCUUACCGAUGACGCCCAAUCCUGGGAACUCACAACGUGCGAAAGUCUGUUGCCCUUCAUGUGCCGCGCCAACGCCUGCCCUUCAGGUUCAUUCCACUGCUCAAAUGGCAAGUGCAUCAACUCUGCAUUUAAGUGCGACAAGACAGACGAUUGCGGCGAUGGAUCCGAUGAAUUGGACUGCCCCAAUUUGUGCCGCUUCUACUCCGCCAGCGGUGGUGAUGUUCUCGAAAGCCCUGGCUACCCUCACAAGUACUCGUCUCUUGCCGACUGCAAGUGGACCCUGGAAGGACCAAGUGGACACAACAUUUUGCUUCAGUUCCAGGACUUUGAAACUGAGCGGGGCUUUGACACAGUCACUGUUUUGGCGGGAGGACGCACAGAGCUCGAAGCCGCCCCCUUGGCCACCCUUUCUGGCAAACAAGAUCUGAGCACGCGUCUCUUUGUCUCUGCAUCCAACUUCAUGGUCGUCAAAUUCAGCUCUGACGCCUCUGUCGAAAGGAAGGGUUUCAGAGCGUCGUGGAAGACGGAGCCCCAGUCAUGUCUUGGCAACUUGAAGGCAACGGGACAAAUGCAGGAGUUGUCCUCUCCAGGCUACCCCGCUAACUACCCUGGUGGACUGGAGUGUCUGUAUAUAAUUUCUGCCCAGCCCGGCAAGAUCAUUACUCUGGAGUUUGAAGAUUUGGAUUUGGAGAAGGGCCGUGAUGCCAUUAUUAUACGUGAUGGUGCAUCACCGAAAGACAAGUCGAUUGCCGACAUCACCGGUACCCUGGACGAGAACCCUCGCCUGGUUAUGUCCACUGGUAACCAGCUUUAUGUGUACUUCAAGACUGUCCUCGGCGACUCAAAACGCGGGUUCAAAAUCAAAUACGCUGAAGGCUGUCGGUCGACCAUUUUUGCGGCCAAUGGAACAAUUUCCUCGCCUGCAUUCGGUCUGGCCAACUACCCCAACAAUCAAGAGUGUCUGUACACCCUGAGACGCCCUGGCGGUGGUCCCAUGUCUCUGACCUUUGACGACUUUGAGGUCCACCAGUCUGACUUCGUGCAGGUAUACGACGGCGCCUCAACUAGUGGCCUUAGGCUGCACCCUGGCGAGGGCUUCACCGCCUCCAGCAGGCCGCGCAUCACACUGACCGCCAGCUCUGGUGCGAUGCUCGUUCGCUUCCUGAGCGACCCUCUGCACGCCGCCACCGGCUGGAAGGCAACUUUCUCCGCUGAUUGCCCAUCUCUACAGCCUGGCGAGGGCGCUCAGGCCUCCAGCAGGGACACUGCCUUCGGCACCGUGGUCACCUUCACCUGCCCCAGAGGUCAGGAAUUCGCGACAGGCAAGCAAAAGAUUAUCACCGUGUGCAUGCCCGGUGGAGAAUGGUCCAUCGCCUACAUUCCCAAGUGCCAAGAGGUGUACUGCGGCCCCGUGCCCCAGAUCGACAACGGCUUUUCCAUCGGCUCAACCAACGUGACCUACAGAGGUCAGGCCACCUACCAGUGUUACGCUGGAUUCGCUUUCCCGACUGGAGAACCUGUGGAGACUGUGGGCUGCGCCGCCGACGGCCACUGGGAAAAGCUGCCAACCUGUUUGGCCUCCCAGUGCCCUCCUCUCGCUGACAUUGUGCACGGAAAUGCCACCAUCCUGAAUGUUGGUGGCCGCACCUACGGAACCAUCAUCAGGUUCGAGUGCGACCCUGGCUACGUUCGCAAUGGUGCCCCAGUCAUUUUGUGCUCAAGCAAUGGAACCUGGUCUGGAGAAGUCCCAACUUGCUCUCGUCUCCAGUGCUUCGACCUGCCCAAGGUUAAAAAUGGAUUUGUUGCUGACUCAACUCGCAAGUAUCUGUUUGGUGACGAAGCCAGGAUUCAGUGUCAUCGCGGCUUUAAGCUGGUUGGCUCCAACACUGUCCGCUGUGGUGCGGCAGAGCAAUUUGAAGACCUGCCAACUUGCGAAGAUGUGAACGAGUGUGCCAGCUCAGGAUGUGAUUUGGCUUCCACCGAGUGUGUCAACACUCCUGGAGCCUUCCACUGCAAGUGCAAGCGUGGCUUUGCACCGACCCUGGAAUGCAGACCUGUUGCCGACCUUGGCCUGAGUGCUGGAGGAAUUCCUGACGAUUCCAUCACCGUUUCUAGCUACGAAAAAGGUUUUGAAAAGGAAAAUGUGCGUCUCAACAGCGCUACUGGCUGGUGCGGUUCCAACCCUGAGACUGGUGCUAACUGGAUUAUGGUGGACAUGAAGGCACCAACGGUGCUCAGAGGCUUCAGGACGCACAGCGUUCUCCGCCAGGACGGCAACCUUGCGUUCACAUCUGCAGUGAGGAUUCAGUAUACUAACAACUUGACCGACGUUUUCCGCGACUACACCAACCCUGAUGGCACGCCAGUUGAGUUCAGAAUUUUGGAGCCAACUCUUAGCGUUUUGAAUUUGCCACUGCCCAUUGAGGCUCAAUACGUCAGGUUCAAGGUGCAGGACUUUAAGAACGCUCCUUGCAUGAAACUGGAACUUAUGGGCUGCACCAGACACGAGUGCGUUGACAUCAAUGAGUGUGCUACCAACAAUGGUGGUUGUGACCAGAAAUGUAUCAACAGCCCUGGAAAUUUCUCCUGCGUUUGCAACAACGGUUUUGAGCUUUUCCGUUCAAAUGGCACUGCUGGAUUCAGCAUUGCCGAAACUGAAACUGGCGAACGCGACGGAGAUGUCUAUCAACGCAAUAAGACUUGCGUGCCCGUCAUGUGCCCUCCGUUGAAGAGCCCCGAAAAUGGCCUGCUUCUUUCCACCAAGGAGCAAUAUCAUUUCGGUGAUCUUGUUGGAUUCCAGUGCGACUUUGGCUACGUGCUUGUCGGCGCUUCUAAUCUACUCUGCUCCUCCGCUGGGGUUUGGAAUGGAACUGAACCUGAAUGCCAAUAUGCUCAGUGUGUCUCACUCCCUGAUGACAAGAAUGAAGGUCUUUCCAUCAUCAGACCUGACCCUGAAAAUGUUCUGGUGCCUUUCAAAGAGAAUGUAACUGUCAGCUGUGGAGUCACUGGUCGUCUCCUACGCAAGACUUACUCUUCUAACUUCAGACAGUGUGUUUAUGAUCCUAAACCUGGUUUCCCUGACUAUUGGCUGUCGGGCUACGCUCCAUCCUGCCCAAGAGUGGAUUGUGGAAUUCCUCCUCCGACUCCUGGCGCUGAAUACGGCAAAUAUGUUGACACCAAGUACCAAUCGUCCUUCUUCUUUGGCUGCCAAGACACUUUCAAGUUGGCUGGACAGACCAGCAACAACGACAACGUCGUCAGGUGUCAGGCUAACGGUGUUUGGGACUUUGGCGAUUUGCGUUGCGAAGGGCCUGUGUGCGAGGACCCUGGCAGGCCCUAUGACGGCUACCAGAUUGCAAGAAGCUACGAACAGGGCUCAGAAGUCGAAUUCUCCUGCAACCGCCCUGGCUACAUCUUGAUCAAUCCCAGGCCCAUCACCUGCGUCCGCGAACCCGAGUGCAGAGUCGUCAAACCUCUGGGCUUGUCCUCUGGACGCAUCCCUGACUCUGCUAUCAAUGCUACAUCUGAAAGGCCAAACUAUGAGGCUAAGAAUGUCCGACUGAACUCUGUAACUGGUUGGUGCGGCAAGCAAGAAGCCUUCACGUAUGUCAGCGUGGACCUUGGACAAGUGUUCAGGGUCAAGGCUAUCCUUGUAAAGGGUGUUGUCACCAAUGACAUCACUGGCAGGCCGACUGAAAUUAGGUUCUUCUACAAGCAAGCCGAAAAUGAAAACUAUGUUGUCUACUUCCCCAACUUCAACCUGACCAUGAGGGAUCCUGGCAACUAUGGUGAACUGGCCAUGAUUACUCUGCCCAAAUACGUGCAGGCUCGAUUCGUCAUCCUCGGUAUUGUCAGCUACAUGGACAACGCUUGCUUGAAGUUUGAAUUGAUGGGAUGCGAAGAGCCAGUUGCUGAGCCUCUUCUUGGUUAUGAUUAUGGGUUCUCCCCUUGCGUUGACAAUGAGCCACCAGUGUUCCAAAACUGCCCUCAGCAACCAAUUGUUGUACAGAAGGGAGCCAGCGGCCUUCUCCCUGUCAACUUCACUGAGCCAACUGCCGUUGAUAACAGUGGAAGCAUUGCUCGCCUGGAAGUCAAACCUGUCGGUUUCCACACGCCCGCCACCAUUUUCCAAGACACUGUUGUCAAGUACGUUGCAUUCGAUUAUGACGGAAAUGUGGCCAUUUGCGAAAUCAACAUCACUGUGCCUGACGACACGCCACCGUCACUAAGCUGUCCUCAGAGCUAUGUGAUUGAGUUGGUCGACAAGCAGGACAGCUACGUGGUCAACUUUAACGAAACCAGGCGCCGAGUCAAUGUUUCCGAUGCUUCCGGCGACGUGACUCUCACCUUUGUACCUGAGAAGGCCACCAUUCCUAUUGGCGGAUUUGAAAAUGUCACCGUGGUUGCUGCUGACAAGUUUGGAAACCAGGCGUCGUGCCACUUCCAAGUAGCAGUUCAGGCGACGCCUUGUGUCGACUGGGAGCUGAAGGACCCUGCAAACGGAGCCCUCAACUGCCUGCCAAGCGACAAGGGCAGCGGCCUGCAGUGCAUCGCGACCUGCAACCCAGGAUUCAGAUUCACAGACAACAGCCCAUCCAAGACAUUCAAUUGCGAAGAGAAAAAGAAGUGGACUCCUACUGCUGUUGUGCCAGAUUGUGUUUCUGAAGACACUCAGCAAGCGGAUUACCUUGUAGUUGCUUCUGUCACCUACAGGGCAAAUGGAGCUGUUGCUCCUCUUUGCCUGCCGCAGUAUGAGAGUCUCAUGGAGCAGUAUUACACCGGUUUGAAUUCCAUUCUGACCCAGCGCUGCUCAAACGUCAAUGUCAAUAUGAACGUCACAUUUAUUAAAUCUAGGUCUACCAUGGUUGCUGAAAACCUUGUCAAUAUGGACUUCAUUAUUGAAGUUGUGCCGGCAGUCAGACAAACGCAAAUUUAUGAGCUUUGUGGCUCUACACUGAACCUGAUAUUUGACCUGAACGUGCCUUUUGCCACCGCCGUGAUUGAGCCUCUUCUCAAUGUCACAGCAAUCGGCAACCAGUGCCCGCCACUGAAGGCCCUCAACUCAUCUAUCACCCGCGGAUUUGAAUGCGGCGUUGGCGAAGUCCUCAACAGCAACACCAAUGACAUUCCUAGAUGCUUGCACUGCCCUGCUGGAACCUUUGCCGGUGAGAAGCAGAAGACCUGCACGCCUUGCCCACUCGGCUUCUUCCAGCCCAAGGACCGUCAAGGUUCAUGCGAACGCUGCCUAACUGGCACUUAUACCAGGGAAGAAGGCUCCAAGAGCGCUGCUGCCUGCGUUCCAGUGUGCGGCUUCGGCACCUACUCACCAACUGGGCUGGUGCCUUGUCUCGAGUGCCAGAGGAACUCGUACACCAGCGAGCCGCCCACCGGUGGCUUCAAGGAGUGCCAGGCGUGCCCUCAGAACACCUUCACCUACCAGCCAGCCGCGCCCGGCGCAGAUUACUGCAGAGCCAAGUGCGCACCAGGCACCUACUCAGACACGGGACUCGCUCCUUGCGCGCCCUGCCCACGCAACUUCUUCCAGCCGCUCUCCGGACAGGUCAGCUGUCUCGAGUGCCCGUCAGACAUGCAGACCAAGAGCAUUGGUGCUGCCGGUCGCGAGGAGUGCAGCCUGACCACCUGCUCGGAAAACGCAUGCCAGCACGGCGGCCUUUGCGUUCCCAUGGGUCACGACAUCCAGUGCUUCUGCCCCGCCGGUUUCUCCGGCCGCCGCUGCGAAAUUGAUAUCGACGAAUGCGCAUCGCAGCCUUGCUACAACGGAGGCACCUGCUUGGACCUGCCUCAGGGCUACAAAUGCCAGUGUGCACAGGGAUACUCCGGCCUCAACUGCCAGGAGGAAGCCUCAGAAUGCCGCAACGACACAUGCGCUGAGCGUGCCAUGUGCAAGGACGAGCCUGGAAUCGGCAACUUCACUUGCCUCUGCAGAUCUGGAUACACUGGACCUGACUGUGACAUUACUAUUGACCCUUGCACCAACAACCCUUGCGCAAACGAAGGCAGCUGUAUCGCUCUGAAACAGGGCAGAUUCAGGUGCGACUGCCCUCCAGGAUGGGAAGGCCAGCGUUGUCAAAUCAAUAUAGAUGACUGUGCUGAACGCCCGUGUUUGCUGGGCGCCAAAUGUACCGACCUGGUGAACGACUUCAGCUGCGAGUGUCCAUCCGGUUUCACUGGCAAGCGCUGCCAAGAGAAGGUGAACCUGUGCGCCGACACACCGUGCCAAAACGGCGUAUGCGUGGACAGGCUCUUUUCGCACCAGUGCGUGUGCAACCCUGGUUGGACCGGCGCUGCGUGCGAGGUCAACAUCGAUGAAUGCGCCUCCAGCCCUUGCCGCAACGGAGGCCACUGCGAGGAUAAGGUCAACGAUUUCGUGUGCUCAUGCGAGCCAGGAUUCACUGGCAGAAGGUGCCAGCACGAGGUGGACCACUGCAAGGUUGGACCGUGCCAGAAUGGAGGCUCUUGUGACAACAACAGAGACGGCUUCACCUGCAAGUGCAGGCCUGGUUUUGCUGGAAUUCAUUGUGAACUCGAGAUUGAUGAAUGUCUGAGUGACCCUUGCAAUCCUGAAGGAACUGAAGCCUGCGUUGAUGGUGACAACAUGUACACUUGCAAGUGCAGAGAAGGUUACACAGGAAAGCUUUGCCAGAUUAACGUUGACGACUGCAGCAGCCAGCCUUGUUUGAACGGAGGUCAGUGCAGAGACGACAUUGGCAAAUUCGAGUGCACUUGUCUACCUGGCUGGACUGGUGUGCGGUGCGAGACCGACAUUGGCUCUUGCAACCUGCGACCUUGCCAGAACGACGCACCUUGCAUCGACCUUUUCGAGGACUUCUUCUGCGUGUGCCCAUCUGGCACCGAUGGCAAACAUUGUGAAACUGCACCUGAACGCUGUAUUGGUAACCCUUGCAUGCACGGAGGAAAGUGCCAAGACUUUGGCUCCGGACUCAACUGCACGUGCCCGACCGACUUCACGGGAGUUGGUUGCCAGUACGAAUUUGACGCUUGCGCUGCUGGUGUAUGCCAGAAUGGAGCUACCUGCGCGGACAACGGCCCUGGAUAUGAGUGCACUUGUGCUCCAGGCUAUACAGGCCAGCAUUGUGAGCAGGAUAUUCAGGACUGCCAAGAAAACUCGUGCCCACCCUCAGCCACUUGCAUUAACCUGCCAGGACGCUUCUAUUGCCAGUGUCCUUUCAAUCUCACAGGAGAUGAUUGCAGAAAGACUGUCCAAGUGGACUACGACAUGUACUUCCCUGACCCUGAAAGGAGCAGUGCCACCCUGGUGGUGCCCUUCAAGACCAACUCUCCUCAGAGCAUAACCGUGUCCAUGUGGGUCAAGUACGCCCAUCGCGACGAGAAUGGAGUUUUCUUCACCAUGUUUGGCGUGUCUUCUCCCCAUGUUCCUUCCAACAGGAGGGUCAUGUUGCAAGCUCACAGCAAUGGCGUCCAGGUGUCUCUCUUCAAGGACCUGCAGGACGUGUUCCUCAGCUUCAGAGAGUACGCCACUGUCAAUGACGGCCAAUGGCACCACAUUGCUGUGGUUUGGGACGGCACGGUUGGAACUUUGACCCUGAUCACCGAGGGUCUGAUCGCGAGCAAGGUCGAAAACUACGGAUCAGGAAGACAACUGAAUGAAUACACUUGGGUUUCUCUUGGCAAGCCUAGAGGUGAUGCAAAAUCCUACUCUGACACCGGCUUCCACGGCCACCUGACCAGAGUGCAAGUUUGGGGCCGCGCCUUGGACGUCACUUCGGAGCUGCAGAAGCAGGUCCGCGAUUGCCGUUUGGAGCCUGUCCUGCACCGUGGACUCCUGCUCACCUGGUCCGGUUUUGAAGACACUGAGGGAGGCGUUGAGCGCAUUGUUCCUUCCAAGUGCGGAGAACGAGUCUGCCCACCCGGCUACUCAGGCCCUCGCUGCGAACAGCUGCAGCAGGACAAGGUCGCACCGGUGGUUGAUUACUGCCCUGGAGACGUUUGGGUCGUGGCCCGCAACGGAUCCGCCUCCGUUUCUUGGGAUGAGCCAGUUUUCUCAGACAACGUUGGAGUCGUCCGCGUGUCCGAGCAGAAUGGACACCGUCCUGGCCUCACCCUCAUGUGGGGAACCUACAACAUUGCUUAUGCCGCGUACGACGCUGCUGGAAACGCUGCCACCUGCUCCUUCAAGGUCUACGUCCUGUCCGAAUUCUGUCCCGAGUUGGCCGAUCCGGUUGGAGGAACGCAGUCUUGCCGAGACUGGGGAUCAGGAGGCCAGUUCAAGGUCUGCGAAAUUUCUUGCAACCCUGGCAGCAAAUUCUCUGAGCCUGUGCCCAAAUUUUUCACUUGCGGAGCUGAAGGCUUCUGGAGGCCAACUGCCAAACCAGGCCAGCAACUUGUCUACCCUGCUUGUUCCAUUGCCAGACCUGCCCAAAGAGUGUUCAAGGUUGCCAUGCAGUUCCCCAGCUCUGUCUUGUGUAACGAGGCUGGCCAGGGUGUGCUCAAGCAGCGAGUCAGAAAUGCCAUCAAUUCUCUGAAUAGAAAGUGGAACCUCUGCUCAUUCAACGUUGAAGGCACUCGAGAGUGCAAGGACCUGAACAUCAAUGUCAAGUGUGACCACAGAGUGAGACAAUCCAGGCAAACCAGACAAGCUCCCAACAACGAGUCUGGCGGAACUUACGUACUUGAACUUACUCUGCCAGUUGAAGGGAAUACUCGAGUAAAAAGGCAAACCACCAGUGAUACUUAUCACAUUGAGAUUUCAUUCCCAGCUCUAAAUGAUCCAGUGGUGAACAUUGAUUCGCAAGAGAGAGCAACCAUCACUCGUCUGCUAGAAAAGAUUAUCCUUGAGGACGACCAGUUCGAUGUCAGGGACAUUCUUCCCAACACUUUGCCCGAUCCUGCUUCACUCAACCUGGAGUCUGACUAUGCUUGCCCUAUUGGUCAAGUCGUCGUUUCUUCCGACUGUGUGCCCUGUGCUGUUGGCUCUUACUACGACCGUGAGACGAAAGAUUGCAUCCCCUGUAAGGCUGGCACCUACCAGAGCGAGUCUGGACAGCAGCAGUGCAUCCAGUGUCCCACGAUCGCCGGGCGCGCUGGCGUGACUGCCGGACCUGGUGCCAGGUCUGCUGCUGACUGCAAGGAGCGUUGUCCCGCUGGAAAGUUCUACGACCCGGAGGCAGGCCUGUGCCGCUCUUGCGGAUACGGAUUCUACCAGCCUGAGGAGGGCAGCUUCACUUGCCAGCUUUGCGGACUUGGAAAGACCACCAGAAGUGCUGAGGCUGUUUCUGAAUCGGAAUGUCGCGACGAGUGCUCAUCUGGACUGCAACUCGGCCCUGAAGGUCGCUGCGAGCCUUGCCCGAGAGGCACAUACAGGACUCAGGGCAAGCACGCCGCCUGCCAGCCAUGCCCACCUGGCCGCACCACCCCCAAGGUCGGCGCCACUGCUGUCGAGGAAUGCUCGUUGCCAGUGUGCCUGCCCGGCACAUACCUGAACGGAACCCUGAACAACUGCGUUCAGUGCAAGAAGGGCACCUACCAGCCCGACUCUCAGCAGACCUCUUGUGUGCCUUGCCCACCCAACACAAGCACCCAGGGCGUUGGCUCUGUCAAGGCUGAGGAGUGCGUCAACCCGUGCGAGAUGAGCGGUGCCAACAUGAACUGCGACUCAAAUGCCUACUGCCUGCUUAACCCUGACAGCGGCGAGUUCAAGUGCGAGUGCAAGCCUGGAUUCAAUGGAACUGGAACUGUGUGUACUGAUAUGUGCGCUGGCUACUGCGAAAACGAGGGUGUCUGCGUGAAGGACGCAAGGGGCCAGCCGUCUUGCAGGUGCAUCGGCAGCUUCACCGGCCGCCAUUGUGCCACCAAGUCGGACUUUGCCUACAUCGCCGGAGGCAUUGCGGGCACUGUCGUCUUCAUCAUCAUCAUCGUGCUGCUUGUCUGGAUGAUCUGCGUGCGCUCGACGCACAGGAAGGAGCCCAAGAAGAUGAUGGUGCCCCCGAUGGCUGGUGCUGAUCCUGCUGGGUCUCAGGUCAACUUCUACUACGGCGCCCCUGCGCCCUACGCAGAGUCCAUUGCACCUUCUCACCACUCCACUUAUGCGCAUUACUACGAUGACGAGGAGGAUGGUUGGGAAAUGCCUAACUUCUACAACGAAACCUACAUGAAAGAAUCUCUUCACAAUGGUGGUGGAAAGGGAGGAAUGACUGGAAUCAGCAACAUGAACAGUCUGGCCAGGUCCAACGCCAGCCUCUACGGCACUAAAGAUGACCUGUACGACCGUCUCAAACGCCAUGCCUACCCUACCAAGAAAGACAAGAGCGACAGUGACUCCGAGGGCCAGUGAAGAAACAUGAACUGACAAAAUGCUCAAACAGAGCUACACCCAGAGCGUGGCUCAUCACACUUUCUCCAUGGAACUGAUGCCAACUAUUACAAUCAUGUCAAGUGCAUUUUGCAAGCAAUUAAAUUAACGAAACGGGCGUGAGACGGUCCAAGAAGACUAGGUUGGAGGGUCGAGAACUGUUAUUCAUCUUGUAGCUUUAGAAAGAUACCACAAUUUUGAGCCAUGUGAUAGUUGAAUUGACCUGACAACCUAGUCAGCAGCCUUGGUUUCAUGGAGAUCACAUUAUGUGCAUGUGUGUUGUGUGUUAUUUAUAUUACUGCUAUAUCAAUUCAGGAGUUAAUAUUCAGACCAAAACAGGGGGCCAAUUUAUUUUGUAUUUUGGACGCCCGCAAGUCUGAGUUUCAUUGAUCGACAAGAAGUGCCUUUAUAUGAUAUGUGUUAGACUUAAUGGACGAGGAGCAGGAAUUAUUCACUUGGCACUCCAAAAAAGAGAUUUUAAGCAUGUUGAACAGCAAAAUUUUAAACCAGUGUGCGCUACUCCGCUAAAGAAGAGCGCGGCGCCGGAAUAUUAUUCUCUAUGUAGGUACAACGAAAAAUGCUGUCAGACAAUACUACUUAACAUCAACCUAAUGUACGCGUUAUCUCUAAACAAGCAACCAAAUGCUGAAUUGUAACUGUAAUCGUGAACAGCUGGAAAAUGAACAAUUGAAUAUGUACACAUGACCUUUUAAAGAACUGAGUGGCUGAGCGCUCUUGAUUGAGUCUAGGGCCGAGUAUACACGACAAAAGAAUGAAUGUUUAACAAUUUUUAAUCAUGCAAUAAAGGAAACCUCAGAUAUCAAGAA